UUUUUGAUGCUUAAUUAUUCAUUUGUUAAAUCAUGAACAACAAGAUUUAUAUAUUGAAUGCAUUUAGAACCUUGGUUAUAGCAUGGUUCAUUAUAUUUGAAGGUGUACAUGGAGAUUUUAAUUAUCAAGAUGCUCUUACCAAAUCCCUUAUUUUUUUGGAGGCACAAAGAUCAGGAAAACUUCCUCCUAAACAUAGACCUUCAUGGAGAGGAGAUUCUGCCCUUCAAGAUGGAAAAUCUGCUAAUGUGGACCUUGUAGGAGGAUACUAUGAUGCUGGAGAUAAUGUGAAAUAUGGGCUUCCAAUGGCUUUCACUGUAACAACCUUAGCAUGGGCUGCUAUUGCUUAUCACUCACAGCUCCAAUCUGCUGGAGAAUUGGAAAAUGUUCGCUCUGCCAUCAAAUGGGGCACUGAUUAUUUCUUAAAAGCCAGUGUCAAGCGCAAUUGCCUCUACGUUCAGGUUGGAGAUCCAGUGAAAGAUCAUGAAUGUUGGACAAGGCCAGAGAACAUGAAAACGCCGAGAACUGUGCUAAUGAUAGACCAGAAAAAUCCUGGAACAGAGAUUGCUGCUGAGACUUCUGCAGCAAUGGCUGCUGCUUCUAUUGUAUUUCGUGGAACUGAUCGUUCCUAUUCCCGUAAACUUCUCAAUAAAGCCAAACAGCUUUUUCAGUUUGGCAAAACCCAUAAAGGAACCUAUGAUGGGGAAUGUCCUUUCUAUUGCUCCUUUUCUGGCUAUCAUGAUGAGUUGUUGUGGGCUGCAACAUGGUUGUAUAGAGCAACCAAGAGGCCAACAUACUUGGAAUUCAUCACAGAAGAGGCCACUACUGCAACUGUAGCCGAAUUUAGCUGGGACCUUAAAUAUGCAGGAGCUCAAAUACUCCUAUCUAAGUUCUAUUUUGAAGGGGAGAAAGAUUUAGCGAACUUUAAGCAACAAGCUGAUGGUUUUAUUUGCUCCAACCAUCCUCAAAGUCCCCAUCACCAGGUUCACAUGUCUCCAGGGGGUCUGAUUCACCUUAGAGAUGGAGCCAAUUCUCAAUAUGUUACUGGUGCAGCUUUUCUGUUUAGUGCUUAUAGUGAUUAUCUAGCAAUGUACAAGCAAACGGUCAGCUGUGGUGAUAAAAAGUUCAAUUCUGCUGAUCUCAUGGACUUCGCCAAGCAACAGAUAGACUAUCUGCUUGGGAAAAACCCGAGAGGAAAAUCAUACAUGGUUGGUUUUGGGAACAAACCUCCAACUCAAGCUCAUCAUAGAGGUGCCUCUGUUCCACAAAUGUCUCCAAACAAAUUGGUGGACUGCUCUAUGAGUUUUGUUAACUGGUACAAUACUGAAAAACCCAAUGCUAAUGAGCUAACAGGUGCUAUUGUUGGUGGUCCUGAUAAAAACGAUAACUUUGAAGAUCGUCGCUCAAGUUCAUCCAUGACUGAGCCAACAACAUAUACAAAUUCUUUGGCUGUUGGUGUCCUUGCAAAGCUCACGAAGCACCAUUCCUCGUCUUGAUCACCUAAGUAGAUUUUCAUUAUGGUGAAGAUUUACGAGGGUGUAUAAGUUAUUUUUUCAGAUGAAUUGAGAGUCUAUAUAAUGUCUUUGUAGGUCCUA